AUGUUUUCUUCAAGGGAGGGGAAACGUUAAACAAGACAGCUUCUCAAAUGACACACCUGACACCACCGCCCAAAUUGUGGACCCGUCUUCCCAAUUUCUGCAUCGAUUAAUAAUUCAAAAACUGAACAUGUUGGACUCUGAAGUUCCGGCUGCUACUAAGAAUAGCUCAGUUAUCUCUGAAGCCGAUUCGCAGCGAACUUUAUGUUGGACUCUGAAGUUCCGGCUACUUCUAAGAAUAGCUCAGUAAUCUCUGAAGCCGAUUCGCAGCGAACUUUGUACCCGUAUGUGACGGGGACGUCUGUGGUUGGGAUUAAAUACAAGGAUGGCAUUCUUAUGGCUGCUGAUAUGGGAGGUUCCUAUGGCUCAACCCUUCGGUAUAAGGGUGUUGAGAGAAUGAAACCAGUAGGAAAACAUUCGCUUAUUGGCGCAAGUGGAGAACUUAGUGAUUUCCAGGAGAUAUUACGUUACCUUGAUGAACUCAUGUUAUAUGAUAACCUGUGGGACAACGGUAAUUCCUUGGGCCCUAAAGAGGUUCAUAACUAUUUAACCCGAGUGAUGUACAAUCGCCGUAACCAGUUUAAUCCGUUGUGGAAUUCUCUUGUGCUUGGUGGAGUGAAGAAUGGGCAGAAGUAUCUUGGAACAGUUAAUAUGAUUGGUGUGCAUUACGAGGACAAUCAUGUUGCAACUGGGUUUGGGAAUCACCUGGCACGACCUAUUCUCCGGGAUGAAUGGCAUGAAAACUUGAGUUUUGAAGAUGGUGUUAAGCUACUGGAGAAAUGCAUGCGUGUGCUUCUCUAUCGCGAUAGAUCAGCAGUGAACAAGCUCCAGAUAGCAAAUAUCACUGAGGAAGGUGUGACAAUUUCUCAGCCGUAUGCAUUGAAGACAUCCUGGAAUCUUGCUGCUUUUAAGAAUCCAACAGUUGGUGCUGAGGGCUCAUGGUAAUCAGCCACUGUGGUGCCUGAAAUACAAAUGUUGCUCAACUUUACGCUUGGCAUGAGGAUUUGCAGCAUCUUAAGUGAACAAUAUCUUUAUAAAUCAGAGUUCCUGUGUAUUAGGGUGGCUUAAUAUGUAGUCCUUGGCAGCUUUUUGUCAUUUUGCUGCGCAACUUCAAAACUACAGAUUAAGCUGGAUUUUUUUCUUUUUCCCUGAUGUCCAUUUUAUUUUGGACCAUCAAACAGUAAUUUGCUGCUCAUUGGUUUUUCUAGUUCUGUGUUCUAGUUAUUUGUUGCGGAAUAACAAGUUUUCAAGCUUUUACUUGUUGGUUACUUUGAGAUUUUCAUACAA